CUCCCUGAAGGCCAAGAUGGAUUGGCGACCUGCUGUCAGCUCUUUCUUUUAAUCUGGAGGUGGGGGGGUAGUUCUUGGAGCCUACCCCCUCCCCCGUCCUGGCCCCUCCUCCCUCCAAGUACUGGGAUGAACCAGCCACAAAUCCUCUAAUCCACCAGCACCUCCGGGUCGGUCUCCAGCUGCAGAAGACCACAUCACUCGCCACCCACCCAGCCAGCCCAGCCAGCCAGCGCUGCCCGGCCGGGCCCAGGCGGCCUCACCCAUGGGGAACAGCAAGAGCGGAGCCCUCUCCAAGGAGAUCCUGGAGGAGCUGCAGCUGAACACCAAGUUCACAGAGGAGGAGCUGUGCAGCUGGUACCAGUCCUUCCUGAAGGAGUGCCCCAGUGGCCGCAUCACCAAGCAGGAGUUUCAGAGCAUCUACUCCAAGUUCUUCCCUGAGGCCGACCCCAAGGCCUAUGCCCAGCAUGUGUUCCGCAGCUUCGACGCCAACAGCGACGGCACCCUGGACUUCAAAGAGUAUGUCAUCGCCUUGCACAUGACCUCGGCCGGCAAGACCAACCAGAAGCUUGAGUGGGCCUUCUCGCUCUACGACGUGGACGGCAACGGGGCCAUCAGCAAGAGCGAAGUGCUAGAGAUCGUCAUGGCUAUUUUCAAAAUGAUCAGUCCUGAGGAUGUGAAGCAACUUCCAGAGGAUGAGAACACCCCAGAGAAACGAGCAGAGAAGAUCUGGGGAUUCUUUGGAAAGAAAGAUGAUGAUAAACUUACAGAGGAGGAGUUCAUCGAGGGGACCCUGGCUAAUAAGGAAAUUCUGAGACUGAUCCAAUUUGAGCCUCGAAAAGUGAAGGAAAAAUUAAAAGAAAAGAAACCCUGAUGUUGACUGCUUGGCCCUCCCCGCCCCCCACCCCCGUCUCCCCCAGCACAGAAACCCCCACGUGAGCACGUGCACAUGCCCCAGGGGCCAAGGGGGCUUCCUUGGCCUUAGCAUCCCUCCUCCUCUUCUACCCCCCACCUCCGGUCCCCAGGGCCCAUGCCUCGGUGAUAAUCCCAGGAUUAGGUCAUAGGAGUCCUCAAUAUCACCCCCCACCCCGUGUAAGCUCCUUUGUGGGUU